AUGCUCCAAGAGCAUCACAUGCAGGCCAGCAGGAAGGCGGGGACCCGGGGCAAGGCCGCAGCUGCCAAGCAGGCCCAGCGAGGCUCUUCCAACGUCUUUUCCAUGUUCGAGCAAGCCCAGAUCCAGGAAUUCAAGGAGGCCUUCAGCUGCAUUGACCAGAACCGUGAUGGCAUCAUCUGCAAGUCAGACCUUCGGGAGACCUACUCCCAGCUCGGGAAGGUGAGCGUCCCAGAAGAGGAACUGGAUGCCAUGCUGCAGGAAGGGAAGGGUCCCAUCAACUUCACGGUCUUCCUCACGCUCUUCGGGGAGAAGCUCAACGGGACAGACCCCGAGGAAGCCAUCCUGAACGCCUUCCGCAUGUUUGACCCCAGUGGCAAGGGCGUGGUGAACAAGGAUGAGUUCAAACAGCUUCUCCUGACCCAGGCAGACAAGUUCUCUCCGGCUGAGUCUGCCCACGGUCAGGUGGAGCAGAUGUUCGCCCUGACGCCCAUGGACCUGGCGGGGGACGUCGACUACAAGUCUCUGUGCUACAUCAUCACCCAUGGGGAUGAGAAAGAGGAGUGA